GCGGCGGCGGGGCCGUCAUGGCGGCGGCGGGGAAGGAGGCGGAGGCGCAGCGGCUGCUGGCCGAGGCGGACAAGAAGGUCCGGGGGGCUCAGUCCUUCCUCGGGGGCCUCUUCGGGGGCUCUUCCCGGCUGGAGGAGGCCUGCGAGUGCUACACCCGCGCCGCCAACAUGUUCAAGAUGGCCAAGAACUGGAGCCAGGCCGGCGCCGCCUUCUCGCGCGCGGCCCAGCUCCAGCUCCAGCUCCAGAGCAAACACGACGCCGCCACCAACUUCGUGGAUGCUGGGAACGCCUUCAAGAAAGCUGAUCCUCAGGAGGCCAUCAACUGCCUGCUCCGCGCCGUCGAGAUCUACACGGACAUGGGCCGUUUCACCAUCGCAGCCAAGCACCACAUCUCCAUCGCCGAGAUCUACGAGAGCGACCUGCUGGACAUCGACAAGGCCAUCGCCCACUACGAGCAGGCGGCCGAUUACUACAAGGGGGAGGAAUCCACCAGGUACCGGAUCCCGGCGGAUCCCAGGGAAUCCAACCUGAUCCAGAGUGAUCCCGACCGAUCCCGACCAAUCCCGAGCCAGAUCCCAGGGAAUCCAACCUGA